AUUUUUUUAUGGUUAUAUUUUAGCUUUAUAUUUUAAUUAUUAUUUUUGAGUUUUAGAAAAUGAAAAUAUUAGAAAAAUCCCUUCGUUUAUAUUUGAACUUUGUUAAAACUUGAAAUGCUUCAAAAAUUAUUUGUUUUACCUGUGAAUUUUACCUUCAUUUGUUUUUUUUAUUGUGUUUUAGUUGUAGAAAUUAAAAUAUUUGAAAAAAAAAAUUUUAUUCAUCAAUUUUCAUUUGAGGUAACCUUGAUUCUAAAACCAUGGUUUUGAAUAUUUUUUCAGCUUAUUAAAAGAGUAAGAUGGCAUCCACUUUCACAACCAUGUCAUCAGUUGGCUCAUUCGUUGCACCUAAUGGUCUGGUCAUGGAUAAGAAGCUUUCAUCUUCUUCCAACAGAUUACCAUCUUUAGCAUCUAUUUCUUCAUCUUCAUUUCUUAGUAGACGAAAUGUUGUUAUUAGAAGAUCUCGUCUGCCCAAGAUUUCUGCAGCAAAAGAGCUACAUUUCAAUAAGGAUGGGUCAGCCAUAAAGAAAUUACAAACUGGUGUGAACAACCUUGCUAAUUUGGUUGGAGUCACUCUUGGACCAAAAGGCAGGAAUGUCAUUCUAGAGAGCAAAUAUUAUUGCUGAAUUAGUGCCAAUAGGUUGAUAUAUCUAUUUACUUAUGUACGUUAUGCAUAUCAAAGCAUUAUCGUAUUAUUUAGUUUUUUAAAGCAUUAUUGUAUUAGUUAGUUUUUUAAAGCAUUAUUGUAUUAGUUAGUUUUUUAACAUUAACUAAUACAAUAAUUGUAAAAGAGAAUAUUUUUACAUUGUAA